AUGCUGCCCUGGAGACGGAGUAAGUUUGUGUUGGUGGAGGAUGAGGCCAAGAGUAAAGCGAAGAGCCUGGGGACCGGGCUGACCUACACCUCCAUCCUCUCCUCGCUGCUGCGCUCCUGCCCCGACCUGCUACCUGACUGCCCCUUCGAGUGGAUGGGCAGCAUCUUCCAAUCCAAAAGGCAGAAGGUGGAACUCAACAAGGAGGAACCUAUAUACAACGUGCGCUACCUGGGAAGCGUCGUCACCAUCAUGGCGAAGGGCGACGGCUGUACCCAGGAGGCAGUGGCCAAGAUCUGGGCACGGAGCAACUAUGGAGAGCAGAGCAUGAAGAUGAGGCUGACCGUGGGAACGCAGGGUAUUCGGAUGAGUGUCGACAAGUCUGGAAAAAAGAAACCCACCCAUCUUUACUCUCUGAGCAGAAUCACAUACUGCACAGCUGACCCCUGCCGGCCCAAGAUCCUGGCCUGGAUCUACCGGCACCAGGUCAAGAACAUGGCAGUGGUGCUGCGUUGUCACGCUGUCUUGGUCAGCAAGACGGAAAAGGCCCAGGCCAUUGCCCACAGCCUCUACCAGAAUGCCACCUCCGCCUUCAGCGAGUUCAAACGACUGAAGCGUCAGAGUGACUUCCGCCACUGCCAGCAGCAGCUGCUGGGCGAGGAAGCAGUGCCGCUGAUGCCACUGAGGAGACUACUGAACGGGCAGUGCCACUACAGGCCACCCGCCGACAAUCUAGACAGCACCACCCGCCUCUGCUCCAUCACGGAGGAGGUGGAGGAGGAGGAGGAGGAGAAGGAUGAAAAGGAGAAGGUGGAGGAGGCCAAAGAGGAGGAAGACGUAGAAGAAUAUCAGGAGCGCCAGGAGAAACAGAGGAUUUUAACCACAAACACUGACCCCACGCAGUUACUCUCAGAGCUGGACCUGGGCGAUAUCAUUAGACUGGAGGAGUGCCAAAUCAACUUCGUCAGUGACAGCAACAACAAUACGUUCACAUUUAUCACCUCUCUUGUGUGA